AUGACAAAGAAGGCUAAGGUGCAUCUACUAGAUCGAGAUAGUGAAGCAAUUGGAAGAUCACAGUCCCUGGAAGAUCUCAAGUAUGCAAGGAAAACUGGCGGAACUGAUACAUCUUUUCAGCAUUUUAUAGAUGAUAUACCUACUGAAAACAGGGGAGCAUCAAGUUACCCAUCUUCACCUCGAGCUAAAGGUGCUAUAGACAAAGGAAUAUCAGAUUUAGAUAAAAUGCUGAGGAAAAAGCUUGAUAUUGUGAGUUCGGUUCUUAAUGUACACAAUGAGGAGAGUUCAAUCAGUAAUUUAGAAAAUGCCAAUCGAUCACCUUAUUUAAACAGGUCCCUAAUAGAUACUGAUUUGUCAAAUAUCGAAUUAAGUCCGUUAGAUUUCGGUCAGUACAAUUCUAAUCCUAUAUCUGGCGAUCAGUUUGGCGACUCUGACUCAAUUGAUGAUGACAAUGAUGAUGAAGAAUUUCAGAAUGUUGACGAAAUCGACGGACCUAUAGUAUCUAAUCCAUCGAGUGAUUCCGACUCAGAUUCUGAGAUUAUAGACUACAAUAUGCCUGUCAAUGCUGCAUACAGAAGAAGUUUAGAAGAAUGUGCUGAAAAGAUUACCAAUGAAUGUGGAUUCAAACCAAGUCUUCAGCCAAGAGUUGAGUGGUACCUGGAGGAUUCAAUUAGUUUGGAUGAUGAGAUAUCCGACUGGUUUACGUUAGCCGACUAUUCCAGUUUUACACAUAUACACAAUGCAUUUAUUAAGCAUAUUAACAAUGCCGAGGCUUUUCUAACUGACGAAACUAUAGCUCAAUUACACAUUCAAAAACUACUCAGUAAUAUGAAUGAUAAUGAUGAAUCUAUCGUCAUGUGCGUUGCGUACAUUUCAUUUGGCUUAUUUGCUUUUGUUGAAGGAAAAGACGAUCAUUUGAAAUAUAUUAAAAGGAAUAAUAUGCUCCUGGCUGAACACCUUCCAGAAAUACUUAAAAAAUUUAUAGAAAUUGCAGAUUGCUGUAAAGACUCCUCCACUAAUUUAAAUUGUUAUUCGAAGUCACUUUUGUAUUUGUCUUCGGUAAUAUACUUGAUAACAUUGCAAUGCAUAGUAUUUAGGUGCAACAAAGAACAACAACAUAUUGUGGACAAAGUCAUAGGUAACUUUGAUGAUGCAGGCAUACUUAGUUACUUAACAAAAUAUAUCGAAGCUUGGCGCUGGAACAGUCGUCUAUCAAUGAGAAUAAGAAAUAUAAUAAUGCUUCUUUCAAAAGUUAUACUACUCCAGUUUGGUGAUAUUAGGACUUAUAAGAAAACCAAAAAAGACCUUUACAAAUAUCAUGGCUUGAGAAAAAUAGAAAAUCGAAAAAACAAAUGGACAAUAUCACCCUUACAAUACGAGGCGUUCACCUCGGAUAUUGUCACAAGAUACCCGUCCUGUAAACUACCUACUACUAAUCUGCCAAAGGAGUUUGACAAAUCGAAUUCGCUUUCACAAUUUUUAGAAAUCCCAAGACCAAAAUCUAAGAAUGCUAUAAAUAUUACUCUCAAUGUUCCAGAACAACAUAUUGCCACACCUGCUCCUUCACCGCCUUCAUCACCUCAACUCCUACAUUUUAAUGAAACAUCAAAAGGUAGGAAAUCGUUUCAAACAAAUCUACUGUACCCUUGCUUAUACCCAUCAGACAACGAAGAGGAUAUUGAUGAGUUAGAUAGGCGUUUACACUCAGAGCUUACUCCGAAACAGACCUCUGAAUCAAAAAUACCAUUCAGCAUUGAAGAAGCCGCAACAAUUCUGGCGGAAAAUUUACAAAUUAAAUUGACUACAAAACAACUUUGGCAUGAGAGAGAUCUUUUUAUGGCAACGGAGCGUGGAUGGGAGGAGGAUAAUCUUACCGAUCCUUAUGAUUAUUCAUCACUUACCGGUACAGCUAAUGAAUCCCUGAAGAGAAUGAUUCGGGUGGAUAAUUUUUACAAAGAAUGCUUUACAAGUUUAAACUCUUUAGUGUUUGUCCUGUUACAGACCAUUGAACUAAACUUAACUAACCAAUUUACCUCCAACGCUGAAGAUGUAGAUGAGAAUACUCUGCUUCCCCAAUUGGAAUUAACUAAGGCUAAGGAAAGCUCACUGAAGAGCUCUGUUGAGCUAUUGUUCAUGCUUAUGAAGUGGUUUAAGUUAAGCCACAUUUUGAAAUUUGAACAACUAGGUGUGAUAUUGUAUGAUUCACAAUUCAUAAAUAUCUGUAGUGCAGUACUAGGCAAAUACUCUGACAUCUAUGGGGACAGGAUUUUCAAUAGAAUAAUAACAUCGAAUAAAUCGUUUUGGUCUGAGUGUUCAAAAUAUAAUUUUGAAUACAAGAACUCCUUUAGAUAUGUUCAUCAGGUACAGAAGGCGGUGAAUCUUGAUUUUUUGCCAUCGCUGGCAUACUUGCUGCGGAUUCUCCAGAAAGUAGUUGGAAACAAAACACAGAGAAUCAAAGAACUACCCCAAUCUAUUGGAACCAUAGUUAAAAAAUACUAUCACAUCUUCAAUCUGGAUAUUUAUCACCCGCUCCUUAAAAUCAUCAAAGAACUAACUCCAUUCAAGAACAAACGUUGGAAAUCUGAACAUAUGGAGCUAAUUUCAGGAGUAUUCCUUUACGAAAAGUUGGAACUAAUAGAUAACUGGGUAGCUGGUAAGGACAUCACUGGCGAAUUAAGUGAUGCAUAUGGACAAGAAAUUGCCUUAAGAGCCCUGCUACAAUUUUAUAACUUCGAACAUUACCAAGUAGCGAUGGAAGAUCUAGGUUAUCAAAAGAAAAAUAAUUCAAUCGCUAGUUAG